UCAUAUCAUUUUCAGGACGACCUCCCACACGUCCUACUUGCUCUCAACCAUGGCUACAUCGGAACAGGGAAGGCUUUUUGUCUCUUCCGGAGUGGAAAUUAACCAUCCCGCGGUCGGUGCCAGUGAGCCCCGCCGACCGGUGGAUGACUUCCAAGUAGAAGACAAUCAUACCGUGCUGGAAGAGUCAACUGCUGAUGCAGACAGCUUUCCAGAUGGGGGCUAUCGCUCCUGGCUCGUGGUCUUGGGUUCCUUCUUGCUGCUGAUGUCGUCGUAUGGCCUGAUGAACUCGGUCGGGGUGUUGCAAUCCUACCUGGAAUCCCACCAGCUGGCGAACUACUCGAGCCAGAAUGUGGGUUGGAUCUCCGGACUGUUUGUCUUUGUUUCGCUGGGCCUGGGGGUCUUCGUGGGCCCCUUGUUCGACACCUACGGCCCGAGAGAGCUGGUCGCCGCCGGGUCGGCCUUCUAUGUCCUGAGUCUGUUCCUAACGGCGGAGUGCACUCAGUAUUGGCAUUUCAUCAUCUGCUUUGGCAUUAUGGCCGGCAUCGGGGGAGCGUUCACGAGCACCAUCGGGAUGUCCUGUGUCCCACACUGGUUCCAGGCGCGCGCCGGCAUGGCGAUUGGAACGGCCAUGGCGGGCGCAGGUCUGGGCGGCGUGGUGUUCCCGUUUAUCCUGAAGGGCGCCUUUGCCAACCUGGGCUUCCAGUGGGGCAUGCGUAUCCUAGCGUUGGUGAUUCUCGUGCUGUGCGGACUCGCCUCAUUCCUCGUCAAGUCUCGCCUCCCCAAGGGACAGCUGAAGGCGGCGAUCGAUAUCCGAUGUUUCAAGGACUCUCGCUUCACCUUGUUAAGCUGCGGGAUCUUUGCGCUUGAAUUGGAGGUGUUUGCCCUCAUCGGUCUAUUUCCUACGUACGUGACGAAGCAAGGCUUCAAUACCAGUGCGAGUGUGUACACACUAGUGGUGCUCAAUGUAUGCUCCUUAGUCGGGCGACUUCUUGCCGGCCGGGUCGCCGAUCGAUACGGUCGCUUGAAUGUACUCAUUAUUUUGAUUCUGUCUGCUGUUGUGACGAUGUUCGUAAUCCUAUACCCCUUCAGCAGUCACCUAUCGGCCUUGUAUAUCUUCAGCGCCAUCUAUGGUCUCUGUUCCGGAUCGUUCAUUAGUCUUGCCCCCGUCUGUAUUCGGCAAGUGUCCAAUGCCAAAGAGAUCGGGAUGAGAUUUGGGACAUGCUACUGUCUAGUGAGCUUCGCUACAUUGAUCUGUAUUCCGAUCGGAGGUGAAAUGUUGGAGAAAGUGGGCUCGCGGAUUGUGGUGAUCUGGUUGGGCUGUGUCCUUCUGUUCUCCAUGUUCCUUUUUAUGACCGCACGAUGGGCCUGUCUCGAUUAUAAGUGGCAUUGGCGGAUUCGUAUUUAGCUCUUGGGUUUAAUAUGGACCGGAGAUAUCACUCCAGGACACCAAUCAGGACACCACUGGUGGGGAUUAGCUGCAGGAAAAUAGUGUUUGGAUGGUGGUGCUAAAUGCGGCUAUCUGGAUAUCUUAUUUAUGCAGGAAUUCUGCAGUGUCACGCUGUCUGAUGAUUUGUCAUCUGCAAGGUUGUUGCAACCUCCAAAACAAGGGAUGGAUGAGAUUCAACUUCAAUAUUCUUUGCCAUUCUCAGUCCGAAGGAAAGUCACAGUCCAAAAUGCAUCUGUACAUAUCUGUGCUCGCUUGGUUAGCCUGGGGACCGCUAGCUAUACUAGCCAUAACCAUCCAUGAUUUCUCACCUGAUCAAGUUGACCAAGGCAUCGCUCUCCAUCAGCUUGC